AUGUCACUUUCUUCCACACAACAGAUUAGUAGCUUUAACAGUAACAAUUAUAUUCAAGUUAAGCCGAAUAAAAUGAUUCGUGCUGAACUUCUACGGAAAGACACCGUACGACAGAGGAAUCCGCAAUAUGUUCGAACAAGGCCUAAUAAGAUAGUUCGAACCAUAUCAUCUAAGCCUAUCGUCGCACCCGUUCGGUCAGUUACCGACGUAUCCGCCGCAUCGGACAAGGCCUCUACUAAAACAGAAAAAGCCCCGUCUGUCAACGCUCCAACAGAUAACGUCAAAGCCUCAUCCGCCGUUACCGUUCCUGACCAAGCUGAGAAAGCCCUUGCACGACAAGUACGUUACUCCACCGUGAUCCGGUCUUUAGUUCGAGGUGGCUCCUCGAAUCACCAACGGCCGCGCCAAACUUUAUUCAGGCCUCGUGCCAAGUCCAAUAAAUACACUCGCUCAGAUGUAGAUAAAAAGGAGAACAAAAAAGAGGAUAGCUCAAGUCGACAAACUCCUAAUCCUCCAUUCAAGACUAAAUUG